CCCGCCCACGCCCCGGGGCAGCCAUGGCCGGAGUGGUCGGAAGGCUGGCGCGGCGGUGGUGCUCGGGUGCUCUCAGCAGUCCUCUGCAGGUCACGCGUUUCCCAACACUUCAGCUGCAUUUGUGUGGCCCAGCAAUGACAGCCAGCCAGAAGGACUUUGAAAACGCCAUGAAUCAGGUGAAACUCUUGAAGAAGGAUCCAGGAAAUGAAGUGAAGCUAAACCUCUAUGCACUGUAUAAGCAGGCCACUGAAGGACCUUGUAAUGUGCCCAAACCAGGUGUGCUUGACUUUAUCAAUAAGGCCAAGUGGGAUGCUUGGAAUGCUCUUGGCAGUCUGCCCAAGGACAACGCCAGACAGAACUACGUGGACUUGGUGUCCAGUUUGAGUGCUUCAUCUGAGUCCCCCAGCCAGGUGACACCUGCAGCAGACAGGAAGCAACCAGGAGGUGACGCCCUGGUGGUGACCUCCCAAGAUGGCAUCACAACCAUCACACUGAACCGGCCCGACAAAAAAAAUGCACUCACCACUCAGAUGUAUCACGACAUCAUGCUUGCCCUUGAGGCUGCAAGCAAGGAUGAUUCAGCCAUAACUGUUUUAACAGGCAAUGGGGACUAUUAUUGUAGCGGGAAUGAUCUGACCAACUUCACGGAUGUUCCCCCUGGUGCAGUGGAGGAGAAAGCCAGAAGCGGGGCCGUUUUACUGAGGGAUUUUGUCGACUGUUUUAUAGAUUUUCCGAAGCCUCUGGUUGCAGUGGUAAACGGACCAGCUGUAGGAAUCUCCGUCACCAUUCUCGGGCUAUUUGAUAUCGUGUAUGCGACCGACAGGGCAACAUUUCACACUCCAUUCAGUCACCUAGGCCAGAGUCCAGAAGGCUGCUCCUCUUACACUUUUCCGAAGAUAAUGGGCUCAAGCAAGGCAACAGAGAUGCUCGUUUUUGGGAAGAAGUUAACAGCCCGGGAAGCGUGUACCCAAGGACUUGUUACUGAAGUUUUUCCCGACAGUACUUUUCAGAAAGAAGUUUGGGUCAGGCUGAAAGCAUAUUCAAAGCUCCCCCCAAAUGCCAUGAGAAUUUCAAAACAGGUCAUCAGAAAUAGGGAGAAAGAAAAGUUACACGCGAUUAAUGCUGAAGAAAGCAGUAUCCUGCAGGAGAGGUGGCUGUCAGAUGAGUGCAUGAAUGCCAUCGUGAACUUCCUGUCCAGAAAAGCAAAGCUGUGAUGACCAUCACAUCAAAGCUAAAGGUUUCCAAGGAAGGGAUGUGCUACUAUUUCUGCUUUCCAAUUCCUGAACUAAGUAAACCUCGGUGUGCCUUUUUUCAGUGCUAAAAUAUCAGUUAUGAUAAUUA